UUUUCUCUCGAAAAUUUGACCGCUUUUUAUACAACUUUACAUUCCUCUAACAGUCUAUAACUCCGUGAAACGUUCACGCAUAUAUCCUAGGACCAAAAGGAGUUGUAAAAUGGAGUUUAACACGUCUACGGGAGGCGGGAUGCCGCCGAAUCCGUACGCUCCACAUUUCAGCCCCGCCACCGCGACCACAACCAGCGCGAGCACGUUCAGCCCCGACGCGCCGCCUUUUGCGCCCUCCCCGGGGCCUCACGCCCCGCCCUUCGCCCCCUCCCCCGUUCCGCACGCGCCGCAGCAGCCGCAGCACCAUCCAGAGAUAUUUGUGGACGGGCACGUCCCCAUUUUAGACGGCAGCUUUAACGGGAGCGGCGACUACGGACACAACUCCAGCGGUUUCGAGGAAGGCUUCCAUCCCAGUGAUCCAAACGGACAGCAUCAUAGCGGACAGCAUCAGGACCAGCACGGCAUCAUGCACAGCGGUCGAGGCAUAUCGAACCCCCCUGUGGGUAACGAGGAGUACCACGAGCUCCACACGAUAGUCGCGGACGGAGGAGAUCGCUACGGGGUGUCCGCCGUGGCCUUUGACCUCCAUCAGGAGCUGCUAUGGAUGGGGAACCAAGGGGGCCACGUGACGUCGUACUACGGCCCGGGUAUGCAGAAGUACUCGUCCUUCCAGCCGCUGCCUGUUGGGACGGAGAUGCGGCAGGUUCUCAGUAUCGACAACGGUGUGCUGCUGCUCGGGAACAACCGAAUGAGGUGCUCCGAGCGCGGCGGGCUCACCAUCUUCGAUUUCAGUGGAGAGGACAUGCACGACAUGCAGGUCAUGACACUGGUGGACCCAACCACUCUUCUCAUAGGGGGGCACCAGGACAAAGUCAUUGAGUUUGAUCUAAAUUCUGGGCAGCAAGUAAACUUGCUUGAAGUGGGGGAUCCCGGAGUGGCUAUAUUCAGACACACCAACAGAUUCAUAUGCUGUGGGGAUACAAGUGGACAGGUGACCUUACGUGACAUGAACACCUUUAAAGUGGAGCACAUCCUGAAGGCUCACUCUGGCUCCCUGUCUGACUUCGACGUCCAUGGAAACCUGCUGGUUACAGCCGGCUUUUCUACCAGGAGAGGCAGUUUGGCGGUUGACCGUUUCCUGAUGAUCUAUGACCUGCGUGUGAUGCGAGCGAUGGCGCCCAUGCAGCUGUCCAUCGACCCGAUGUUCCUCCGCUUCGUUCCCACCUACACACCCAGGAUUGUCGCUGUGUCACAGGCUGGUCAGUUCCAGAUCCUGGAUCUGGCCGGGGUCAUGACCCCCGCCAGUAUGGCCAUCCACCAGCUGAACACCCACGGACACAUGUGCAUGGGCUUCGACAUCUCCACAUCGUGUGAGGCCUUCUCCUUCGGAGACAACGGAGGUUUGCUGCACCUGUGGACAGACAGAGAGGAGGUCCUGUACAAUAACUACUCCCACCCUACGGAAUUCGCUGAUCAUCCAGAACACCUUCCAGCCAUGUCCAUAGUGGACCCACUGACUCCCUUAGCGAGUAUUCCCAUGCUGUACGAAAACUGCCAUGGUCCUCUACUGUCUGACUGGCCAGAGGACUGCAUGAAAUAUGUAAAGAGACGGAUGCCCCCAAUUGACCCCGAGAUCCUGGCAUCCAUGAAGGUUGUGCAGUUCAUCGGCUACGCGCCCAACCCCAGGGUGAAGAAGCGGAACCAGGUGCCGUACCGAGCCAAGGACCUGGCCAUCACCAUUCCUGCAACCUCACCCGGGGCAACCAGUACUGUUCCAGAGUCACCGGGGGCAAGGGGAGAGAGCCCCCGUUGGUACAUGGUGCCGAAGAGAUACCGCAAAGUAGAGAUCAAAUACACAAAACUGGGUGUAGAUAGUUUUGACUUCCGCCACUACAAUCGGACCAACUUUGCUGGGCUGGAGACCAACAUUCCAAAUAGUUACUGCAAUGCUAUGCUGCAGGUGCUGUAUUUCAUCGAGCCCCUCAGGUGUGCAGCUCAGUCUCACCUGUGUGAGAAGGAAUUCUGCCUCACCUGCGAGCUGGGCUUCCUCUUCCACAUGCUGGACAUGUCCAAGGGGGAGAACUGCCAGGCGAGUAACUUCCUGCGAGCGUUCCGCACGAUUCCGGAGGCCUCGGCGCUCGGGCUGGUCCUGGGGGAUCAGGAGGAGGCCACCGGCAAGGUCAACCUGGGGCGCCUCAUCCAGUCAUGGAACAGGUUCAUCGUACAGCAGGUGCACCAGGAUAUCCAAGAACCAAAAGAGGAAGACUCUGAGAAAAAGGAGGGCGAAGAGACAGAACCCCCAAAAGAAGUUGAGAAGACACCGAUUGAGAAGAUGUUUAGUUCAGAAGUGACCAUCUCCAGUAAGUGUCGGUGUGGGAAGGAGACAACCAAGGAGACCAACUCUAUGGUGUACGGACUCAACUACCCGGAUAUUUCUGACUCAGAGAUCAAGAAGAAGCAGUACGCCUUUACAGAGGUCCUGAAGAGCAGCAUGUCAUCAGAACAAGUCACCCAUGCCUGGUGUGAGGACUGCAACAGAUACCAGCCCACUACCCAGAGCAGGAAACUAAAGAGCCUGCCUGACAUCCUGGCCAUCAACUGUCACCUGGACAGUGAGAGGGACCUGCUGUUCUGGAAGACUCAGGAGGAGAAAAUGCCGAACUUCGUACCGUGGGACCAGAUCAUGAAACAAAAAGAAGAGAAUUCCUCCAAGGCGUCCUCGUCUCAGACCCGCACGGUUCGACCCUGUCGCUACGGGAGUCACUGUACGCGGUCAGACUGCAAGUUCUCCCACGGGCCACAGGACAAGGAACAAACGCCGUGCCGUUAUGGUGACAUGUGCACGCGAGCCGACUGCAAGUUUUCUCACAGGAGCACGGCAGAGAAACAGCAGGCAACUGUGUUGUCCAGUGCAGAGAUUCUAGAGAUGAGUCUACAAGAGGAGGCCCAGGCACACUGGCUUCCCUGUGGGCUGAAAAUGGCGCUGUCAGAUGGGGAACUGAAGAUAGAGGGGCUUCCUGAGAUGGAGGACGUGGAGAAGGAGAAGUUGAGUGAGGAGUGGGCGGUGUACGAGCUGACCAGCUCAGUCUGCCACGUGCAGGAGUCCAGACUGGGGGGAAACCUGGUCGCACACAUCAAGGCUGGCAUACCUUACCAUAAAAGGAAAGAGGGCAUCACAGCUACUCAGUGGUACUUAGUGAACGACUUUGCCAUUGCCCCUAUGGAUAAGUUGGAUGCUGUCCAGUUUGGCAUGGCCUGGAAGGUUCCCUGUGUUCUGUACUUCUCCAGAAAGGACCUGAACAAGAGACACGACUGCCAAAUCCAUAACCCGAUCAGUGAGAAGGUGCUGUUCCCGGAGGCGUCUCUGUCCAGCCGUGUGCUGAAGAGACACAUCACGUUCCAGCCUCUUGCAGCGGAGGAGAUGCCGAAGGAGGGAGACCUGGUCGCUCUGGACGCAGAGUUUGUCACACUCAACCAGGAAGAGGCAGAGCUCCACAGUGAUGGCACCAGGUCCACCAUCAAACCCAGCCACAUGUCAGUAGCCAGGAUUACUGUCAUCAGGGGCCAAGGCCCCCAGGAAGGAACACCUUUCAUAGAUGACUACAUUUCCACCCAAGAACAGGUGGUGGAUUACCUGACCAAGUUUUCAGGUAUCAAGCCGGGUGAUUUGGAUGCUAAUAUCUCUUCUAAACACCUGACAACGCUCAAGUCUACUUACCUCAAGCUAAGGUAUUUGAUUGACAAGGGAGUGAAGAUGGUGGGACACGGGCUGAAGAAGGAUUUCCGAGUCAUCAACCUCUUUGUUCCCAAGGACCAGAUAGUGGACACAGUUCUGUUGUUCCACCUGACCAACAAGAGGAUGAUGUCACUCCGCUUCCUGGCCUGGUAUUUCCUCAAACUGCGUAUCCAGAGUGACACCCAUGACAGUAUAGAGGAUGCGCGGACGGCCCUGCAGCUGCACAAGAAGUUCAAACAGCUGAAGGACGAGCAGGAGCCGGACGAGUUCCACAAGACGCUGAGGAAAAUGUACGAGGAGGGGCGGAAAGUCGGCUGGAAACCUCCCGACGAAUGAGGAGGCUGGGAUGGAUUUUAAAUACUGCAUUCCGUAAUUGUCGUAUUCGUCUUACCAUGGGUACAUACAGUCAAACCUGUACUUGUGGCCACCUCAAUAUAAGGACCACCUGGUCAUUGAUAUACAGCCAAACCUGUACUUGUGGCCACCUCAAUGUAAGGACCACCUGGCCAUUGGUAUACAGCCAAACCUGUACUAGUGACCACCUGUAUAUAAGGACCACCUGGGCCCUUAAAAAUUUUCCCAUUGACACAAGUAUAGUGACCCUGUCCACAUAGAUCGCAUUUUAUCGGUCCCAUGAGUGGUCUUUUGGGGCAGUUUUGACUGCAACAGAAAGGUUGCUGUAGACACUGUUAAACUGCUCUUUCACUGCAUUCCAUAAAGCCUUGUUUAACAGUUAAGGACAGUAUUGGUGCAGUCUUUC